GCCGGCCGUCCACAUCGACCACACCGCACUUCGAAUUCGAAAUUAAAACCAACGAACUAACAAAAAUGGAUAAUAAAAGCAUUAAUUUUGCAAACAACUUGUCACCACUUGCUUUUAAAGUGAGGAACGCAAGUCCUGAGUAUGGAGAACCAAUCCCAAAAAAGUCCAAAGCUAGCACAGCAGAACUAGCAGAAGAUAUCAGCAAUCAAAUACUGGAUGCUGAUGGAGAAGUAGAAAUAGAACCGAGUGUAGAACCUGAACUCGAGAUUGCAGAUGAACCAGCCCUGCUAGAUAUAUCUGAUGAAGUUUUGCGUGCUCAAGUCUGUCAGGAUUGUUUCCAGUACCUUUCUGUUGGUCCUAUAACCAUCGAUGCUAGAGGAAAAUCAAUUUGCGGAAGAUGCAACGUCAAUAAAGUGCAGACCAAGUCCUUUUAUAACAUACUGGCACAAGGACUGAAAUUCAAAUGCACAAAUCACAUGAACGGAUGCAACGAGCAGCUGUCUCUAGCAGAGAUGCGAAAUCAUGAAGUCAACUGCAACUAUGAGUCUGAAAAGUCUCUCCUCUGUUCAUUUUCAGGAAGUCUCGCUCAAAACCUAAACCACGCCUUAAAGUUUCAUCCAAAAAAUAUUACCAUUGAUGGAAAAAUUCAAUUUUCCUUAUCCGAAACUGAAUAUAAGAAAACCUUUCCACAGCAUAACCUACUCUAUUUACUCAAUGACAAUUUAUACGUCCUUGGCUUUGGAAUUACCAAAAAACUUGUCAAAGUUCUUAUUCAGGCGGAACACCAAAGUUUCAAAGCCAAACAUUUCGCGAUCAAAUUUUUCAAAGUCACAGAUCCAUUGGAUUGCGUAUCUGCUUUGACUGAUUACCUAUGGCUCCAUGAGAAUUCCCCCUACUACUCUUUCGAAAAGGCAACAAAAUACCUCGAAAUGAUUUUUGGCAUGGAUAGUACUUUGUGUUGUCAAGUUUCAAUGGUAGAAACUAAAGACAUUGAAAUCCAAAAAUGCUUGGACGUUCUGCGCACUGGAGGAAACAAUUCAGCCCAAGCACAGCAUAAAAACGAAUCGUAUCACCGUGCCACUAAAAUAAUCAAGUUAAUCUCUGCUGCAUUUUUCAAAUGCGGCACGUGCAAACAAAAAUUUGCCACGGACAUGUACUACUGUGAAAAUCUUCAUUUUUAUUGUGAAAAUUGUUUGGAAACUAUUUGCAAGCAUUGCCACACUACAAGAGAAUAUAAAAAUUUGAAGGAUUUAGAUUUCGAGGUUGCCUGCGAAUAUGCCGAUUGUGAUGUAAAUGUUAAAAUUAUGCGUUAUUUGGCUCAUAAAAUACAGUGCCCAAAAAGACCAUACAAAUGUCCUCUGGAGAACUGCAAUGAGACAGUUUUCUCUACUCCAAGGCUCAUUCAACAUUGGCACGCUGUUAUACCAAGACUAUUUGUCCGAAGAAGAUUGGAGCUGGACAAAUAUAAAACUGAAGAAUUUUUUUGGUUAGCCAAAAAAGAUUUGUAUCGCGUUCUCGUACAUUUCACUGAACAAGAUAUAAAAGUUCUAAUCGAUGGAAUUGACGUAUUAAAUAAAGAUGCGUCGUUUAGAAUGUUUUUGGCUGGCCCUUCAAUUCGAAGUAAUAAUUUGUAUAAUAAUACUUCUAGGGUUCUUGAUUUGUCGAUGACGUCUUUUUGUGGGAAACAUGAGGCUUGUGAAAAAAAUAAUAAAAACUACAAAAAGCUUAUAAUACAAUACGUUUCAGACAUGAUUUAGAGGCUUCAUCAAGACUUUUGUUAGAAUUUAAAACUUAUUUUUCUUAAAUUUAAAAUACAAAUUUUAAUUUUGUAGUUUGUAUAGGUACUUAUACUUACUUAACUGAUAAGUUUGUUUAGAAUUUUCUAGUAUUUUGUAACUUUGAAAAAUGAAUAAAAUUUCCUUUUUUUCUUCAGCUGGAUUUUAUCUUUAGAAUCGCUAGAAUAUGAUAUUCUGAAAAUUUCAGAUUACCUACUGUCGCAGAGCAAUACCUAUUGUCCGUCGUUUUUGAUAGGGAAAGGUGAUAAAUUUACCUUCACCUUUGGACUAUGGAUUGUGAAUGGGAUAUACCUUCCUUCAAAGAUGUUGGAAUUUCAAAUUUUUCCAUGUCGAGAUUUUAACAUUUAACAUUUUGGUCAAUCUAGAUUAGAAUUAUUAUCAAAUUACAGGUAUAAUAGAAACACAAAUUACAAUUUACUUGAAAUAAUUGUUAUUGCAUAUAAAUAUCAACAAAUAUGUCGCACUCUAAACAUGAUGAAAUAAAAAUACAUAAAUAGAACAAAUUUUUACACCUUUAAAGAGCAAACAAAUACCAGAUUGGUUAGAAAUGCAAUAUUGCCAUUUUUACUAUUCAAAAAGAAAUUUGAGUGGAAGUUUCAAAAAGAAUAUUCUGCAACACAGAAAAAGUAUAACCACAGUUACUUUGGUAUAACCCAAGGAGAUUUUUUUUUUUUUGAUUCACAAUAUUUUCCUGUGGUAAUUUCUCACCAAUCGAUUUUUCUUGAGGCAUUUUUUCAAUAGCUGUUGUUUGUACAAGGUCUUAGUAAAAAAUUGAAUUUGAAUGAAUAAUUAUAGUCCAAGACUUACACUGAAGAGUUUGAAGAUUCUAAAGCCUUCAGUCAUGAUUCUAUGGACACAAAACCCAAAAUUUCAUGUCUAUCGACUGUUUGAAAGAUCAUUGAAUUAUUCUUUAGAGUACAAAUUUUUUAAUUUAGGUGGACCAAGAAAAAUUAUUGAUUUGUGAGAACAUACCUUUAUACCAUAGACUAUUACGAGCUCCAGUUUCAAAAAGAUAUAAAAAUAUAAGCCUCUAUGUGAAUUGCGCUAAGUUACUUUAAAGCCAAAACUUUAAAUAUCAAUUGAACAUGUUUUGAGCUUUAAAGCUUCCAAAAUUCAGACUAGCCCAAGUAAAGCAUUCUAUAAAGCAUUUUUUUUUUUCUUCAUAAUAAUAACCUAACUACUUUAAACUUAUGACCUAGAAAAAUAUCUAUUUUAAAGUAUUUUGUUUUUUUUUUUUCAAAUAGAUACAUUAUAAUAGCUGUCUUAUCAUUAUUCAAAUAAUUUUGGAAUUGUCAUAAAUUAGUAAAAACAUCGAAAAAUGGAGGAACUUAAUUAUGGGCUUCAAAAAAAUAAUAAUCAUCAUUGUAGCUGCAGCACCCCCCUAAUCAAUAACCUAUUAUACUAUAAAUGCAAAAGUGUUACAGAAGACACAUUGAGGUGUUCAAUUAUUAAUUGUAUAAAUUUGUUUCUAUAAAAUGUACAGCGUUAUAAGCGAAAAAAAAAAGGUGUCCUUAGGGCAGUGCAGUUAUUAUUUUAUAUUUGAAGAUGUACCUGGUGUCAAAUUAUAAAGUACCACCCCCUGUAACUUUUUUAUGUAUGAUCAAAAAUAAAUAAAAAAGUUACAAGGGAAAAGUUACAUACUUUAUAACUUAACACCCUGUACCUACACACUUUUUAUUGUCUUUAUAUGAAGCAGCUGCAAUUUUUUUUAAAGCUUCUAUUACUAAACAAAAUAUACAUAUAUAGCUCCCAAUUGGUAAUUCUACUUAAAUAAGAGAGAAGUUUUAUAUUAUAUUUUUUUUUCUUUAAGCUACACCUUAACCAAAAAUAAUAACCAAUAAUUAUUAGAUUAGAAAAGCCUCGCUCUACGUUUUAUUUCGUUUCGGCGCCAUUGCGGUAACCUGUAAAAGUCGGAUCUGGCCAAUUGAAAUAGCGCUUCGAAUUCUUGGUCUGACAAGUGACGCUGGAAAAAAAGAAGAAAUUAAAUUAGUGGUGAUUGCUAACACUAUCUUGUGUUCAUAAACCUUUUUUGAGAAAGAAUCAUUCAUUGAAAUGAUUUUGCAAAAAUAUACAUUAGGUUAGACAGA